CAAGAAUAUUUCAAGCCGCACAUAACAGGCUUCUCUGUCAACGAUAUCAAAAGUAUAAUUGACUGGAGUCUAACCAAGCUCAGAAGCGACAGGAGUAAGAAUAUGUCACACCAUUGUCACGACGAACACGCCGGCCACGGCCAUGUGCACGACCACUCCGACGACAUCCAGCCCGCCUUGCAAUCUCUCUUAUACAAGCAGAUUGACUUUGGCAAGAUCACAACUUUAAACGAGGCGGCCCCGGGAUCUGGCGCGGCAGUUGUGCAGAAGACAUGGGGAGACAGAUUCGCUGUUGAGCCCGAGCUUCAAAGUGAUGUGGAUGAGCAAUUGCUCAUGUUUGUUCCCUUCACCGGUCAAGUCCGCCUACACUCUAUCCUCCUUCGAACCAGCGAUUCGCCCUCGGCGCCCCACACAUUAAAGGUCUUUCAAAACCGAGACGAUCUCGAUUUCGGCACGGCAUCUGAAGCGCCGCCUACACAAACACUGCAAUUGGUGCGGUCAUCAGACAUUCAGGAAAUUCCAGUAAAACGGGCACUAUUCAACUCCGUACAGUCUCUGACACUCUUCUUUGUGGACAAUUUCGCGCAAGCAGUUGGCGCAGGAGAUGAUGUGGACGAUGAGGAUGAAGAAGUCACGAGAAUUAACUAUAUCGCCUUCAAGGGAGAGUACAUGCAUCUGAACCGCGAACCGAUUGAGUUCCUGUAUGAGGCGGCUGCAAAUCCGGGAGAUCAUAAGGCCAUUGUGGGGACAAAAGAGGGAUUAGGAAGUGAUUUGCAUCGUGGGGGGAUGUGAGUCCCGUACGAGCGACAGGAAGGAGGGCCGGAAAUUUGACACAUAGGUCAAAAUUAGAGGGAAAAGGGAUUGAGGGAGAAAAUUUAUAUGGGUCCUCGGCGUUAGGAGUUGCUUAUGUGCAUCGCAGAAAGCGCUGUAAACUUGAUCUCGUGGCUUAUCAUCUGUGUUCACCCGUGUGUGAACUUAAGUGAGCUUGAUGGAAGUCAGGAGACGCUAGAUAGAAUGCGAAAGGAGCUUCUGAAAUAGAUCAGACGUC